AUUUCAAUGAACUAAAAUUGAUAAAAUUAAUUGGCGUCCGCUCUGCUCCAAGCAGAAUUUCCAGUGAGUCAAAGUUUGUGUAUGAAAAGUCAUUGAAAAUUGAGCAAAACUCCCAGUUUUCAACUUUACCUGCCGGAGAUUCUUUUUCUUUCUUCUUCUAGGGUUUCGUCUUUUCACCGAUCGCCAUUUUUGCCGCUUCAACUAUUACCACCUUUGAGCUCCUGGUUUUUGGAAGCUGAUGAUCCGUCUUUCAAGUUGUGCCCAUCAAUCACUACCAUAAGCAAGUUCUUAUCUUUGUUUCCGAUAUGGCUUCUGGCUGUAUAAUGCCUUCAGCAGGUGGAAAACCUCACACUGAUGCCAUGCUUGUUGACAAACUUCCUGAAGAAAUUAAUGAAAUGAAGAUCAGAGAUGAUAAAGCAGAAAAGGAAAUGGAAGCAGCUGUAGUUGACGGGAACGGAACAGAAAAGGGCCACAUCAUUGUGACAACUAUUGGGGGCAAAAAUGGUGAGCCUAAGCAGACCAUUAGUUACAUGGCCGAGCGUGUUGUUGGACAGGGUUCCUUUGGAAUUGUGUUUCAGGCCAAAUGCCUUGAAACUGGAGAAACUGUGGCAAUAAAAAAAGUUCUACAGGAUAAGCGAUACAAGAAUCGGGAAUUGCAAACAAUACGCCUUCUUGACCAUCCUAAUGUUGUUUCACUGAGACACUGCUUCUUUUCAACCACAGAAAAGGAUGAGCUUUAUCUUAAUUUGGUUCUUGAAUAUGUACCUGAGACUGUCUACCGUGUGUUGAGACAUUACAGCAAAGCAAACCAACGGAUGCCAAUGAUUUAUGUCAAGCUCUAUACAUAUCAGAUUUUCAGAGCUUUGGCUUACAUACAUGGGAUAGGAGUCUGCCACAGGGACAUCAAGCCUCAGAAUUUACUGGUCAACCCACAUACUCACCAGCUUAAGCUCUGUGAUUUUGGGAGUGCAAAAGUUCUGGUCAAAGGCGAGCCAAAUAUUUCAUACAUUUGUUCUCGUUACUAUCGUGCGCCUGAACUUAUAUUUGGAGCAACAGAAUACACAUUUGCAAUUGACAUUUGGUCUGUGGGUUGUGUCCUUGCUGAACUGCUUCUUGGGCAGCCCCUCUUUCCUGGUGAGAGUGGAGUUGAUCAGCUUGUGGAAAUUAUCAAGGUUCUUGGAACACCAACUCGGGAGGAAAUCAAGUGUAUGAAUCCAAAUUACACUGAGUUCAAAUUCCCACAAAUCAAAGCUCACCCUUGGCAUAAAAUUUUUCAUAAGCGGAUGCCUCCUGAAGCUGUGGAUCUUGUGUCAAGGCUUCUCCAGUAUUCUCCAAAUUUGCGGUCUACUGCAUUGGAGGCUUGCACCCACUCUUUCUUCGAUGAGCUUCGUGAUCCUAAGACUCGUCUCCCUAAUGGUCGGCCAUUGCCACCUCUCUUCAACUUCAGGCCUCAAGAGUUGAAAGGAGCAUCUGCAGAGCUCUUGAACAAACUGAUACCAGAACAUGCUAAGAAGCAGUGUACCUCCCUUGGUUUCUAAACCUUGUGAAUGUUUAUGUAUCUUUAGUAUAUACUUAUUUUGCAAACCAAUUUGUUUGUUAUCUAUUUUGGCACAAACUGUUUGACAUCUCUUCCUUCCCAUGACAACUGUUAACUGACAAAUACAUUGUGAAAGUUGUUCCUUGUGCAAAUGCUACUUUAUUGGA